CUCCAGGGGCCGGGGUCUGCAGAACCUACCCCAGCGGGAAUAGCAGCCCUACACAGCCGCGCUCUGACCCGCUGACCCCGCGUCUCUGCGCGCGGGACCAAUCAGCCGCCAGCUAAGUUCACAUACCCAGAAGGCCAUUUUUGAUUGGCUGGGCGCGGGCCAAUCAGCGCGACUGGCGGGCGCGCGGGGACUGUUGGGCUCCUCAGAGGGUUUGAUGUGGAGGUUUGGGUUGGUCUCGGGCUGGCUUCGGGCUGAGGCAGGAGGGAAAGGCGGGAGCCGGGGCGUCAGGGCCUGCGGACGAUGUGUGUGUGAAAGGGCGCGUCAGCCAUAAGAAGCCAUACGCGUGCGAGCCGGUCCCCACUGCCCCCGCGGCGUUGUCACCAUCAUCAUGAGGCCACUGGAGCAGCCUCGGGCGCUGCUGACGGGGAUCCGGGCGCGGGGUGCGUCGGGCUCUGCAGGUUGGCACUCACACCCGGCGCGCAGGAUGGCAGGCAAGAAUAGCCCAUUUCAAACCUACAAGAAAGAAGUGUGCCUCCCAGGUCAUUCGAUGCACCCUGGCCCCUGGGCCAUCUGCUGUGAGUGCCAGACCAGAUUCGGGGGCCGCCUACCUGUGCCCAGGGUGGAAGCAGCACUGCCUUACUGGGUCCCUCUGUCCCUGAGACCCCGAAAGCAGAGUCAAAAGAUGGUUCAGUUUUAUAUCCCCCAAACCACCAAGAUGUGCCCCUGCCUAUGCCAUCGCUUUGGGGGCCGCCUCCCGAUGCCUAGGGACCAGGCAGUGAUGCCCUACUGGGUGCCCCAGGUUCUGAGAUCUCAGCAGCAGAUGGUCAGGAGGCAGGAGAGUUUGAAAGGCAUCCAAGCACCCCCGCUGGAUGCAUGCUCCUGGCACAACUGCUGGCGGAUCUGCGGUGACGAGCGCCUGCUGCCCAAGUGCCAGCAGCUCCAGGCCCCCGAGCGGGACGAGCUACCGGCUCGCCCAGUGUGUCUGCUGCGCCUUGCCCUCCUGACCCUCCUCCAGGCCAUCCCGAGGGUCAUUGUGGCCAUUCGCCAGUUUUUUGGGAUUUGAAGUUGGAAUCUUCAGCUGCUGUCAAGAAUAUCCACAAAAAUGUGUCACAAUCAAGAUCUUUAACGAGAGUCCUCCAAUCAGGAGGCGUCUGUGACAGCCACUGUUUUCUCGUAGAACAGAAUCCACACCCAGGAUUCAACCCAAAUUAUUUCUCAUCAGGUGAUUCUUGGUUGUAGCGAUGUUCAUAUGAAUGUGGGUGAGAUUCUGUUAUGAAUGUGGUCAAUAAAUGUUAUUCGUGAAACUCUAAA